AUGCCCACAUCCAAUGCCUCUGUCCCCCUGCCCACGUCCCUCUGGGUCAACACCUCUGGAGGCAGUGUGCUGAGUGCUGAUGAUGCUGCAGUGCCUGUUGAUUCUCUAGCCCUGAGGGUCGUGGUUGCCCUGGCCUAUGGACUUGUGGGGGCCAUUGGCUUGCUGGGAAAUUUGGCUGUGCUGUGGGUGCUGGGUGACUGUGCUCGGCAGGCUCCUCGUCCACCUUCCGACACCUUCAUCUUCAACCUGGCUCUGGCGGACCUGGGGCUGGCGCUCACUCUCCCCUUCUGGGCAGCUGAGUCAGCACUGGACUUCCACUGGCCCUUCGGAGGUGCUCUCUGCAAGGUAGUCCUGACAGCCACUGUCCUCAACGUCUACGCCAGCAUAUUCCUCAUCACAGUGCUAAGCGUGGCCCGCUACUGGGUGGUGGCCAUGGCUACGGGUCCAGGCACCCACCUCUCACUCUUCUGCGUUCGCACGGCCACCCUGGCAGUGUGGGUGGUGGCUGCUCUGGCGACAGUGCCCACGGCAGUCUUUGGGGCCGAAGGUGAAGUGUGGGGUGUGCGCCUGUGUCUGCUCCGCUUCCCCAGCAGGUACUGGCUGGGGAUCUACCAUCUGCAGAGGGUGGUGCUGGCCUUCGUGGUGCCUUUGGGCAUCAUCACCACCCGCUACCUCCUCCUGCUGGCCUUCUUGCGGCAGCAACAGCAGCGACGACAGCGGCCAUGGAGGGACAGUGGAGUUGUGGCCCGUUCUGUCCAUAUUCUGGUGGCCACCUUCUUCCUAUGCUGGUUUCCUAACCAUGUGGUCACCCUCUGGGGUGUCUUGGUAAAGUUUGACCUGGUGCCUGGGGACAGCACCUUCUACACCCUCCACACCUAUGUCUUUCCUGUCACCACCUGCCUGGCUCACAGCAACAGCUGCCUCAACCCCGUGCUGUACUGUCUCCUAAGGCGGGAGCCCCGGAGGGCCCUGGUAGACAUCUUCAGGAAUCUGCGAAUGAAGCUGUGGCCCCAGGGCCAGGGCUGGGUGGAACAGGUGGCCCUAAAGGAGGUAGGCAGGCGGUGGGUGGCAGGCACUCCCCAGGAGAGUGACUCUUCCACUAUGGUCACCAACUUGGACAAGGGGAUACCUGAGUUCAGGGGUCCAAGAUGA